UUCUUUGACUCACCAGACCAUUAUUUGUUUCUAUUAUAUGAUUCUUUAUUGCUUAUGUAUAGGGACACUGAGAAUGAUCUAAGACAUGAUGGGGAAAUAGGAGAUGUAAACAGAGAUGACAAAGUGGCGAACGACAUCUAUGCUAAAGAGGAUAAUGGUGAAGAUGAAGACGAGGUUGUUGAUCGAUAUGAACAUGAGAUUGAGCAAUCAGUUGCUGAUUUUGUUGAUGAGGAGUUCAUUGGUCGGAUGACAAUUCCAGAAAGCUCAGAUGAAGAAGAGGACGAGUUUGUUGCAAGAGAUAGAAGGAUGAAAAACAAGUCUUUUGACAGAUUGUCUAUUGGAACAACUUUCUACUCAGGUUUCGAGUUCAAAGAGGCUGUAUUAGAGUAUGCUUUGAGUAAGGCGAGAAACAUUGUGCAAAACAGAUGGGAUAAGACAAAGCUUAGUUUUAAGUGUGGUAUUGGAGGUAAAUGUAAAUGGAGGGUUUACUGCUCAUAUGAUAAGCCGAGACAGUGUUGGUUGGUGAAAACAAGAUACAAGUACCAUAGUUGUACUCCUAACGGGAAGUGCAAGCUUUUGAAAAGUCCUGUAAUAGCAAGGAUUUUUCUGGAUAAACUGAGAGAAGACAGUGGUCUGAUGCCAGAAAAAAUCCAAGAGCAGAUUAAGGAUAUUUGGAAACUAGUUGCAUCAAGAAAUCAGUGCCAGAGAGGAAGACUACUUGCUUUGAAAUGGCUGGAAAAAGAGUAUGCAGACCAAUUUGCUCAUCUCCGAGGUUAUGUGAGAGAGAUCGAGAAGACCAACCCAGGUAGUAUUGUUGUGCUCGAUACGUCUCGCAAUGCUGCGGGUAAGGAUGUUUUUGAUCGCUUUUACGUAUGUUUUGAGAAACUUAGAAGUUCAUGGAGAGGGUAUUGUCGGCCAAUCAUAGGGUUAGAUGGAACUUUUUUAAAAUCUGAGGUAAAAGGGAUAUUGCUUACUGCUGUUGGUCGUGAUGCAAAUAAUCAGAUUUAUCCGGUUGCGUGGGCUGUAGUACAAACAGAAAACUCGGAUAACUGGUUGUGGUUUGUUCAACGGCUGAAGGCUGAUUUAGUUCUCGGUGAUGGGAGCAGAUUUGUUCUUAUUUCUGAUGGCUCAAAGGUAAGCAUCUCAUUACUGGACUUUCUCAUUUCACAUCUACUAAUAUCUCUAAUACACCACCAUUAUUAUUUGAUUCAGGGUCUGAUCAGUUGCAGUGAAGGCUGAAUUACCUAAUGCAGAGCACAGGCGAUGUGUUAAACAUAUUGUGGACAAUUUAAAGAAAAAGCAUAAGAACAAGGAUUUUCUGAAACCAAUGGUUUGGAAUCUAGCAUGGGCCUACAAUAAGACACAGUACAAGGCAGAACUCCGGAAUCUGAAAGACUACAACAUGUCUUUGUAUGACGACGUGAUGAAGAAGGAACCAAAGACUUGGUCGUUGGCAUAUUAUAGGCUUGGAAGCUUAUGUGAGGAUGUCGACAACAAUGCAACUGAGUCAUUUAAUGCCACCAUUCUUGCAGCAAGAGCCAAGGCAAUUGUGCCUAUGUUGGAAACUAUUAGAAGGCAAGCAAUGGUUAGAAUAGCUAAAAGAAAUAAGAAAUCUGAGAGGCGCGCAGAGAAAUUCACAAAAUAUGUGGUUAAGAUGCUUGAAUCGGAGAAGGAAGACGCUGAAAAGUGUAUAACGACUCCUUGUACUCAUGGAGUUUUUGAGGUUAGUCUUUAUCGCUGUUCAUAUGACGUAAACACGACAAGGAUGGCCUGCACAUGUGGGAAGUGGCAGAUAACGGGAAUUCCAUGUGAACAUGCUUAUGGAGCGAUGAUAGAUGCUGGGUUAGAUGUUGAAAAUUAUGUUUCGGAAUUCUUUUCCACUUCUAUAUGGCGGAUGACAUACAAUGACUCUAUCAACACCGUUAGAGGACCACGCUUUUGGAUGAAUGGUACAUACAGGUUAAUAGUCGAAGCUCCGGAGCCUAUACUCCCUGGACGAAAAAAAAAGAAGAAUAAAAAAAAAUUUCCAAGAUUCAAAGGAAAGCAUGAAUCGCCAAAGAAGAAGAAGCAAACAGAAACACUAGGAAGGGGGGGGGCGAACCAUCCACUGUUCUAAAUGCGGGGAAGCUGGACACAACGCAGCCGGCUGCAAAAUACACCCAAAGAAGAAAAUAAAGAAGACAGGAGAAACAAUCGAGCAGGAUGUUGGAACUGUUACAGAACCAGAGUUCGUUGCUUUAACGCAGCCAUCACAGGCACGCAUAAACUAAGGAAGGAUGGUGACUUAUGAGUGUUCUUAUAACAAACCAAAUCUAUGAAUGAUGACUUUUGGGAGUUUUAAUAAUUCUUGUUUAGUUUUGUGUCUUAUGGUUAUCUUAAUAACUUUGUGAUCCUAUAAAUGAUGUUUUCUCAGAAUUUUUAGUAAACCAUUUUUCCUUGUGUUGACUCUGAAUAUUUUCCUUUAUACGAAAAAUUAUAUUAGACGUUGUCUACGAUGAAUCCAGAGGAUGACAUGUGAACAUGUUGUUUGACACUUUUGUUUUUCUCAGACGAACAUAGACUAAUAAUCUUCAAGUUAUUGUGAUGGCUUACGUUUAACAUAAUCAAGUUUACAAAUGUACGUUUAUAAAACAAACUAUGUCACUACAACAAAGUGGUUCCUUACAAACGAGAACAAGAUGAUCCCUUUGUCUCUUUCCUCUUGUUUUAUGGGAAAUAAGUAAGAAACAAAAAUUUCUAACACACAGAACACAGCCCGAUUGAGAUUAUAGAACUCUGGACAGAAUAAUGUGCAAUCUCAAAAAUUCAAUAGUAAAAGCCACAAAAGAAGAAGAAUUUUUCUUGACGUGGUUGCAGCUUGUAACGCUCUAACUUUAGCCUGUAAGACCAUCCCGGGUUCAUCUGCCACUUGCAUUGAAUAAAAAUUUCUUGGAGCUUGUAACUAAAGUUCUUCGGUAAUCUAUAGCUUUAGACAUAAGUCCUGGAACAAAAAGGAACUGAAACAUCCACCAAACCACAAAUAAUCCAAAGCAAAAAACAUAUGAGAAAACUUACAUAGAUUACAUAGAUCGUUGCUCUCUUUUACGUAGUAAGAAAGAUGCAAAUCUUAAACUAAAAAAACAAUCUCUAUGAAGCUUCCUUAAGCUUCUUUUCAUAGAGAUGAAGUAUGAACCCUAGUUUCAGAGCAAUUGAUGGCGAAAUUAUGUGGAGAGUUUCAUAUUCGGGUCUUUUAACUUAAGUCGGGUCUUACGGUUCGGUGGGGAGAUUAUCGGGUAGUCUUAGGGUUAACGUGAUUUGUCUGAUCGCGUUUUUAUGAAAUUAAACGCAAUCACGUCGAAAUCAUACGAUAUGUGGAAUUAAUUCAGGAAAAAUACUUUAGGGAGAAAACUAAUGAAGCAGAUUAGUUUAGGGGGUUUCUUAAUGAGCCUAUAAGUUUAGGGGGGUUUGGUGUGGGUUUAGGUAGUUUGGGGGGUGUAAAGAAGGCAACCCU